UAUUAAUGGAAACUAGUACGAAUCAAAAACAAAAAUACUCUAAAAACCAUCUAUUAGUUGGUUUAGUUGCUUUAAUAUCCUCACCAUUGUUAACAUUAUUGUAUAUGCUCUUUUUACCAAUCACUAUACCUGUGACACUCAUUGUCUAUAAAGUCUAUAAAGUUUAAGUAAUAUAAUAUUUUAUUCUUAGAUUAAACAACAUCUUAGUGAACUUUAUUAAGAUGCUAAUUCAAUAGUCUAAAGUACUUUAAAAGACUACAUUGUUCCAACUUACAAUACUAUCAAAACAAAAGUAAAUAUAAUUUUCAUAGAAAGAUUAAUGAAGUUCUUGCCUUUCUAAUGCUUCCUCUAUAAAAAAUGAAAGAUUAGGUACUCAAUUGUUUCAAUAAAAUAAAAACAUUUUUACUCAGUUUUGAAUUUUUUAAUUAAACUUUAGGAAAACUCAAAUCUGUUUGGGUUAUUGUAUUUAUAAAAUAAUAAUUUUUAGAUUUGUGAUUUUAAAAACAUAGCUUAUGUAGUUUUGAAUGAAGCCUUACUUAAAUUAUAGAAAAAUAUUUUUGUGGUAAUAUUAUUUUCUUUAAUUUUAAUAGUAAUUUAUAGUUUCAGUUUACAGUAAUUACAUUUUACCGAUAAUAUAAAGAUUUUAUCCAAUCUAUACAUAUUUGAAAAUAGAUUAAGCUAUUGAUAGUUGUUAUGAAAAAUGUUUUUCGAUUCCAAAGUAAUUUAAAGAUUUAUAAUUUUUAGAAAUAAGAUUCAAAUUAUUGGAUAUGCAAUUUUGAAUGAAUCAGGAAAAACUAUUUAGAAUUUGAGUCAAGAAUAAGAGAUUGACAGAUACAGAAUUUAAUUGCAUCAAUAUGCAAUAACUUAAUUUUGGAAGAUUAAAAAUUUUAAAAAUUAAUAGAUUUUAGAAUUGGAAUGUGGAGAUGCAGUAGGUUUAUAAUAUAUUGCCUCAGCAUAUGAACCUUAAAGAUGUUUAGGUAUUGAUUCUUCUUAAAAAUAAAUUGAACAAAAUGGAAAGUUAUAUAAUGAAUAAAAUAAUUUGAAUUUUGAAGUUAAAGAUCCACUUGAAAUUGGAGCUCUAUGUGCUCCUAAUACAUUUGAUAUUAUUUUGGGUCUAGAAUUAAAGAAAAAAGAAGCUUUUAGAAAUAUAGAUUUCAAAAGGUAACUUUAAUAUCAUGAUUUUUAGUUAUAUCAAAAUUGCAAGUACUCUUCUUAAGGAUGAUGGAUAUUUUAUUAUUGGAGAUUAUGAUACCUAAGAGGAAAUGUAAAAACUUUAAGAGGAAAUCUUAGUUAAUGGAUUAGUAAUUGCAGAGAAAAAUGAUUUUACUGUUGGAAUUACAUAAGCAAUGAAAUUACAAAUUAAAAACAUUAAAUAAAGAGUCAGACAAAAUGGGAACAUUUGUAUAAAUUUUUAAUUAUAUAAUAGUUGCAAAAAUGUUUAUUGAUAGCCUAAAACCAAAUGAAAGAUUAUUGUAAUAAUUAAAGGAUAGAUAAUAAAUAUAUAUGGUGUACAUUCUUAAAAAAGCAUAACUUUGAUUUGUAAAUUAAAAUCAUAUACAUUCAUAAAUUAAUAAUUUUAAAAAAAAU